AUGAAUGACAACCUGAAGCAUUUUCAAAGGAAAUUAACAGAAUGGAAACUCGAAGCUGAACAUCUUCUUUUAGCCCGACAUCAGCUGUUUGAGAAUGACAAGUUGAGGAAUGGGAACAGAGAAACACUUACUACAUUAAGGAAAAAGGCUCAGACCGCAACAAGUAGUGUUCCAUCUCCGUUUGGAUCAAUAAUGAAGGGAGUGUCAAGACCUUUGGUGCAAGAGGUGUGCACCACCUGUGGUAACCAUGACUCUUUUGAGAAGACGUGGACAAGGCCUCCAAGAACGGAUCUGUUUGCUGGAAUUCCAUUUCAUGCUGCUCAUACUGUAUUGGAAACAGAUCAAACUCAGUUUGACUUUGAGGCAAAAGAAAAACUACAGAGCAUUGUGAAGGAAAAAACACAUAUCCAAACUUAA